CAAGUGGUCAUGACAGGUGGCCACCUUAAGCCGGGCUCACCUGAUCACACACAUGCAUACACACACACACACACACACACAAGACAUGCAGAAAUGUUGGGCCUGAUGUUUGCAGGCGUGCUUUUUUUUCCAGGACUUUUCCUACUCUUCAGUCAUUCUCUGAGGAUCCUGAUGGGAUGGAACCAGGCUGAUGCCAUCAUCGUGUCAGCACGCUUCGUGUCGUCUGUCCAGGCCAUCAUGGCGGCGGCGGCCGGAUGUGUCAUCGCCUCGGCGUGCCGGCGCAACCUCCUGGAUGACAGGCACUGGCUGACGGACGCCUACAUCACGUUCGCCGCGCCCUAUUUUGUGUACGACCUGUACGCCAUGUUCCUGUGCGACCGACACAGGCACGAGGUCAAGGGUCACGAGGACGAAGGCGGCACGCGGAGCGCGCCCAUCUUGGCCUUCGUGCGGCGAGAGAGUUUGAUGGUGUUGCAUCAUGUCUUCAUGGUGGUGUUUUGCUUGCCCGCUUCUCUGGUGUGGAGGCAGGGCAAAGGUGACUACUUCCAGGGUCUUGUGUUUCUUGCUGAGCUAAGCACGCCAUUUGUGUGUCUUGCCAAAGUGCUCAUACAGUUGAAGCGCACUGACACGCUGGCCUACAAAGUGAACGGCGCUCUGACACUCUUGGUCUUCUUGGGUUGCCGUGUGGCACUUUUUCCGUAUUUGUACCUGGCCUACAGCAGCUACGCGUCCAUCCCUGUUCACCAGGCGGUCCUGGGGGCCCCGUGGCCGUGCACCCUGGGGGCAGGGUUUCUGUGGCCCCUGCAGAUCUACUGGUUCUGGCUCAUGUGUCAGCGGGCGCGGCGCGUUCUCGCAGAAAGUGGCAAGCCGCCAUUGGGGAAAUGA